CCGAGGAGCGCCCCGGGCCACGCGGAUCCGAGGCGGGUGCUGACCACCUCGGCCCCCGCGUCCAGGUGAGCUCCGCGAGCUCCCGCGCCGCCCAGGCAACAGCGUGGCGGUGGGACCCGAAAGGUUGCUUGAAUGGAGGGCUCCCUGGUGUGGAUGCUGCUGUUGCCACUGCUGCUGCAGAAUCCAGGCAGCCAAGCCCUUUCCUGCAACGUGUCCUCCGGGGACGUGAACUGGACCAUGGAGUUCACGGCCACAUGCCUGAAUUUCAGUGGCCAAGGCCUCAGACUGCCCCAGAACCACUCUCUGCAGGCCAGGAACCUGGUUUACCUUGACCUGUCUGGCAACAAUCUUCAAGAGCUACCAUUGCUCUUCUUUAAACUCCUGGAAAAGCUGCAGGUCCUAGAUGUGACAAACAACUCACUGGACCGCGUGGACCCGGACCUGGCUAUGCUCUGUCAACUUGACCUGAAGGCUGACUGCAGCUGUGUCCUAAAAUCCUGGCACCAGGUCCGACAGAACAACUGCUCUGGCCAAGAGCCUCCGAAGUGCCAGGACACAGCCACCGGUGCCUGGCACAAUGUGUCUGCCUUCCUGGAGGUUAGCUGCUCCUCUGGCCUGUCCUUGACCAUCGUGGCACUGGUGGCCGGUGGAACCCUGCUCCUCGUGCUCACCAUUGCUGGCCUAGUUCUGGCCUGGAGACUUCGGGGACGCUGGAUGGCCAGUCCCCAGGACCUGGACAAAACAUGGGCUGCUCAGGAUGGUUCUAGGUCUGUUGCUGGCAAGCAGCCAAGGUACAGUAGCCGGGGACUCAGCCCUAAGCCCCCGGUGGCUGCCCAGCCCAGACUCUCCACACCCGACUAUGAGAAUGUGUUUGUGGGCCAGCCAGAUGCCGGGCACCAGUGGGCCGAACAUGGGGCUCACUCAUCAGAGGACAGCGACUUCUACAUGAACUACGAGGGCCCCGACCAUUCCUCCCAGCCUGUCUACUGCAACCUGCAGUCCGUGUACCGGGGCCCGCUGGACUAAGAGGAGUAUGUGUUCCCCAGGUGCUGAGCCUUUGAUGCCCCGAACUCCAGCAUGAUGCCUUCUAGGUGACUUGCGGCCUUCUGGCUCUUCCCUGGCCUCAGUCUUCCCAAACCUGAGGAAUGAGGACAGGGAAAGACCAUCCCUGAGGCCCCAGAGAGGUUCUGCAGUUCCCUCUCCAGCCCCCACUCUGCUUCUCAGUUCCCUCAGCUGCUGGAAGGGGAAGAGGAGAGGCCCCAGCAUGGGGGUAACAAGGUCAAUUUGUGAACUCCAUCGUCACCUUCCUGUCAGUGUCUAGGCCGUGCUCAAUAAACGCU